CAACCAUGUCUAAGGGACCUGCAGUUGGUAUUGAUCUUGGCACCACCUACUCCUGUGUGGGUGUCUUCCAGCAUGGAAAGGUGGAGAUAAUUGCCAAUGACCAGGGUAACCGAACCACGCCAAGCUAUGUUGCUUUUACUGACACAGAACGAUUAAUUGGGGAUGCCGCGAAGAAUCAGGUUGCAAUGAACCCCACCAACACAGUUUUUGAUGCCAAACGUCUGAUCGGACGUAGGUUUGAUGAUGCUGUUGUUCAGUCUGAUAUGAAGCACUGGCCCUUCAUGGUGGUGAACGAUGCAGGCAGGCCCAAGGUCCAAGUAGAAUACAAAGGAGAGGCAAAAAGUUUCUACCCAGAGGAGGUGUCCUCUAUGGUUCUGACCAAGAUGAAGGAAAUUGCAGAAGCCUAUCUCGGGAAGACUGUUACCAAUGCUGUGGUCACAGUGCCAGCCUACUUCAAUGAUUCUCAGCGACAGGCUACAAAAGAUGCUGGAACUAUUGCUGGCCUGAAUGUCCUGCGAAUUAUCAAUGAACCAACUGCUGCUGCUAUUGCUUAUGGGCUAGAUAAGAAGGUUGGAGCUGAAAGGAAUGUGCUCAUUUUUGACUUGGGAGGUGGUACUUUUGAUGUGUCUAUCCUCACUAUUGAGGAUGGAAUUUUUGAAGUCAAAUCAACAGCUGGAGACACCCACUUGGGUGGAGAAGACUUUGAUAACAGAAUGGUCAACCAUUUCAUUGCUGAGUUUAAGCGAAAGCACAAGAAGGACAUCAGCGAGAACAAGAGAGCUGUCAGGCGUCUGCGUACUGCCUGUGAACGGGCAAAGCGCACCCUCUCCUCCAGCACCCAGGCCAGUAUUGAGAUUGAUUCUCUCUAUGAGGGAAUUGAUUUCUAUACCUCCAUUACCCGUGCUCGAUUCGAAGAAUUGAAUGCUGACCUGUUCCGAGGCACUCUGGACCCUGUAGAGAAGGCCCUUCGAGAUGCUAAACUAGACAAGUCACAGAUCCAUGACAUUGUCUUGGUGGGUGGUUCCACCAGAAUCCCCAAGAUUCAGAAGCUUCUGCAAGACUUCUUCAAUGGAAAAGAACUGAAUAAGAGCAUUAACCCCGAUGAAGCUGUUGCUUAUGGUGCAGCUGUCCAGGCGGCCAUUCUAUCUGGAGACAAGUCUGAGAAUGUUCAGGAUUUGUUGCUCUUGGAUGUCACUCCUCUUUCCCUUGGCAUUGAAACUGCUGGUGGAGUCAUGACUGUCCUCAUCAAGCGCAAUACCACCAUCCCUACCAAGCAGACGCAGACUUUCACUACCUAUUCUGACAAUCAGCCUGGUGUGCUCAUUCAGGUCUAUGAAGGCGAAAGGGCCAUGACCAAGGAUAACAACCUGCUUGGAAAGUUUGAACUUACAGGCAUCCCUCCAGCACCCCGUGGUGUUCCUCAGAUUGAAGUUACUUUUGACAUUGAUGCCAAUGGCAUCCUCAAUGUCUCUGCUGUAGAUAAGAGCACAGGCAAGGAGAACAAGAUCACUAUCACCAACGACAAGGGCCGCUUGAGCAAGGAGGAUAUUGAACACAUUGUCCAGGAAGCUGAGAAGUACAAAGCUGAAGAUGAGAAGCAGAGACAUAAGGUUUCCUCCAAGAAUUCACUGGAGUCCUAUGCUUUCAACAUGAAAGCAACAGUUGAAGACGAGAAACUUCAAGGCAAGAUCAAUGAUGAGGACAAACAGAAGAUUCUAGACAAGUGUAAUGAAAUCAUCAGUUGGCUGGAUAAGAAUCAG